GGCCGACGACGCCGGCUCGGGCUCGGGCUCCGGCUCGGGCUCGGACUCGGGCUCCGGCUCCGGCUCGGGCUCGGCGCCCAGCCCGCGGGGCUCCCCGAGCGGCGCGCCGAGGAUGCCGCGGGCGGCCCCGCCGGGCGGCGGGUGCGCGGAGACGCGGCGCGCGGCGGCGCUGGCGCUGCGCUUCGACCGGCCCAUCAAGCAGGCCUUCUACAACACGGGCGCCGUGCUGUUCGUGUGCCUGUGCUGCGGCGCCGCCGUGCUGGUCUUCUUCAUCCUCGAGGCCUUCCUGCGGCCGCUGCUCUGGGCCGUGCUCUGCGGCACCUUCCUGCACCCGUCCAAGAGCUCGCUCACGCGCCGCGGCCGCCGCUGGCUGCAGCGGCUGCGGCGCGCGCGGACGCCCGUGGUGCUGGCGGCGCUGCUGCUGCCGCUCUGCUUCGCCGACCGCGGCCUGGAGGCGCUGGGCCAGCGCGCGCGCCGCCGCCGCCGCCCGCUGCUGCUGCUGGGCGCGGGCGGCCCGCUGCUCUACGGCCUCUGCCGGCUGGGCGGCUGCCUGGGCGCGCGGCCGCUGCUGGCCCGCGGCGGCGCGCUCAUCUGCCGCGGCCUCGACUGCUUCAGCAGCCUCUGGAUCUGGACCUUGGUAGUUGGCUAUGUGCUGGCUGUUUUAUUCAAGUGGAAUACAAGCACUGAACGCUACUUGAGAGCCGUUUCCAUUCCUGUCUGGAUAAUAUUGCUUUUUCAUUUAGCAUCCUUGGCUGGCUCAUGGAGAAUUCCAGUAUUCCUGGUUAUUGUUUUCCUGAUGUCUGUGGGCACCCUCUAUGAGAAACAGAAUGGAAAAGAGCCUUCUGGGGCAGAGUUACCAGGGCAAGUGAUCUCCAUGGCAGCUUCUACUCUAGCAAACUUGGCCAUCUCGAUCACAGGCUACGAGUCAAGCAGUGAAGACCAGGCCGGCUCUCAGCCUGCAGAAGCCAGUGACGGGGGAGAACCUCUUCCAGCAGAGUCCUCGUCUCCGUCACCCUCGACCCCGUCACCCACCCUGGGCAGACAGAGGCCUGAGAUGGGGACGUUUCUCAGGAAGAAGAAAACGAGUGACGUCUACUUCGUGUUCCUCGUGUGGGCCAUCAUCGGUGUCCAGAUCUGGCUGAACCUUUGGAUUGUGCAGCUGCUGCCCGUGCCUGUCGCAGUGUGGGUACUCAAGAAGCUUGUCAUUCACUUUGGCGUUGUGAAUUUCCUGGAGAAACGCUGCUACGUGUGGUGGCAGAGCAUCGAGCACUUCCUGAAGGAGCGACAGGAAGCCCUGGCACCAUGGCCAAUCGUUGGACUUGGGAAGUUCUUGUUGAAAGUCGAUAGCAAGCUUUGGCACUGGCUAAAUAAGAAGAUGAUCAUCUGGUUGGAGAAGAUGUUAGACAAAAUAAUUAGCAUUUUCAUCAUAUUUUUGUUAGUGAUAGGAACCCUCCUUUUAGGCCUUCUCCUGACUGCAAAGGUUCAUCAAGAGAGUGUGCAUAUGAUAGAAGUCACCAGCAGUUUGAUUAAUGAAACUCUAGCAAAUCACCCUGAGUGGGCAAAUUGGCUUCCUGAAGCCCAAGUAGUCCAAAGAGCUCUCAAUUCCGCGGCUAAUAAUGUUUAUCAGUAUGGACGAGAAUGGAUAACCCACAAGCUUCAUAAAAUCCUUGGAGAUAAGAUGAACAACACUGCUGUAAUCGAAAAGCAAGUACUCGAACUUUGGGACAGACUAUACCAUUCAUGGUUUGUAAAGAACGUGACCCAUUCGGGAAGGCACAAAGGACAUAAGCUGCACAUCAGCCGGCAGAACAGCUGGCUCGGGGACAUCCUGGACUGGCAAGACGUCGCGUCCUUCGUUCACGAGAAUAUCGAGACGUUUCUUUCGAUCCUUGAGUCUCUGUGGAUCGUCAUGAGCCGGAACGUGAGCCUGCUCUUCACCACCGUCACCACGCUGCUGACCAUCCUCUUCUACAGCGGGACCGCCCUUCUGAAUUUCGUGCUGUCUCUGAUCAUUUUCCUGACCACGCUGUUCUACCUGUUAAGUUCCAGCGAUGAGUACUACAAGCCCGUGAAGUGGGUCAUCAGCCUGACCCCGCUCUCCCAGCCAGGUCCCUCUUCUAAUAUUAUCGGCCAGUCUGUGGAAGAAGCGAUCAGGGGGGUGUUUGAUGCGUCCCUCAAAAUGGCCGGCUUCUACGGACUGUAUACCUGGCUGACUCACACUAUAUUUGGCAUCAAUAUUGUCUUCAUACCAUCAGCGCUGGCCGCCAUCCUGGGAGCAGUGCCCUUUCUGGGGACGUACUGGGCAGCCGUGCCGGCAGUGCUGGACCUGUGGCUGGCACAAGGCCUAGGGUGCAAAGCUGUCUUGCUCUUGGUUUUCCACCUCCUGCCGACAUACUUCGUUGAUACCGCCAUCUACUCAGACAUAUCAGGGGGUGGCCAUCCUUACCUGACCGGCCUGGCCGUGGCGGGCGGUGCCUACUACCUUGGCCUGGAGGGAGCGAUCAUCGGACCCAUACUGCUCUGCAUCCUCGUAGUGGCCUCCAAUAUCUACAGCGCCAUGCUAGUGAGCCCCACGAACUCAAUGCCCACGCCCAGCCAGACUCCCUGGCCUGCUCCCACACAGCGGACUUGUCGUGACAUUUCUGAGGAGAUGAAAUCUUCCAUAGACUGACCUGCUGGCCACCACGGAGAUUUCUCUCGGGAAGGUCCCCAGUGAGUUUGCCCGGCGUGGCCGUCUGUCCCUGCGGCCGUGCCUACGCGGAGCUUGGGGAGGGAGCGACAGCUCUGUCCGAGCAGAGCCUGGGGAAGAAGAGUGGCCUCCCAGCCUUCCGGGAUGCCUGGACAAGAGUGAACUUGCUGAGGGCUGCUUUGCAGUCUCCAGCACAGCUUUGGAGCUCAGCAGUGUGGUUUUCUUACCUCCCUGUUGCCCAGAUGGCUUGAACUGUUUCCGUUUUAUACACUGGUACCAUGGCUUGAGUUGUCCCCCUUCGGUUUUCUAUGCUAUUAAAGUAUGUAUUUAUAAAAGUUAUUUUAAGAACCCUAAACUAACCUGCCGUUGCAAGUCUCUCCGAUGUCCCUUUCUCCAGCAGCUUUAAGCAAUCAGUUCUUUCGAUUUUCCUGUGCCAGUCACUUCUGAGUCAUGCGGCCUCUUGCCUUCUAGUAUGCUAUUGCUGGAGCAGGAAGAAGGACCCUUCCACACUUCUCCCACCAAGCGGGGGCCUCUGUGAGAAAGAACAGAUCGUAGGUAUGAGCUGGAGCUUGUGUGGAGUUCAGUUCAUCUCCAGCAAUGACAGGAGGUCCCUAAAGACUGCAAGAUUUCCUUCCCUGACUCUUUCUUCUCUCACUCAAGAAACCAAGACACCAUUGCCACGUUUUUAAAACUUGGCCUCCUGGGGCUGGAGCAAUAGCACAGCAGGUAGGGCAUUUGCCUUGCAUGCGGCCGACCCAGGUUCCAUCCCCGGCAUCCCAUAUGCUCCCCCAGCACCUCCAGGAGGUAAUUCCUGAGUGAAGACCCAGGAGUAACCCCUGAGCAUGCUGGGAGUGACCCAAAAAGCAAAAACAAAACAAAACCUUGGCCUCCCCCACUAGGAGUAAAAAUACCUAUUAAGCUUCAUGUUCAUGGUAACAGUAUGAUAGGAUUCCUGUUGUGGUUACAUCUUUCCUUUCCAAAUGUUUCAGGUGAAAACUCUCAGGUGUGGCAGGCUCUGGUUUGGUCAGUGUAUAGCCAUUUCGUUGUUUGGAAUUCCACCAAAUAGUUACUUAUUAGCAGUAGAUUUUAUAUCCCUGAGGUCUUUCUCCACGGCUUAGCACAGUGCCUUGCUCAGAGGACACUGGGUGAAUGCUUGUUGAAUUAAAUGAUAACUUUUAAAAAUAAUGCUCAGUGUCACAAUAACCAGUAUUAGUGCUUCCCCCUCAACCUUUCUGGGCGAGCAGAGGAUUGCACAUCAGCUUACGUAGAGUUUUAUAUUCUUUUACAAUAAGUUUUCACACAGAUGGGGACGCUGAGGUUCAGAGCAGUGACCAACUCAAAGUCAGGAAGUUUAAUAGUGUUGGACCUGAGAGCUUUCGGACCCCUUCAUAGUUUGCAGACUGUCAAAUUACAGUGUUUCUUCUGCUUCCUCGGGCAGUUUUCCCAGUGCUGCGAGGUAGGUAUUCCUACUCGUGCUGGAAGUGAGUCUGGGACGGGAACUCAGCUUUUUCCUCUCGGGCUGUCUGCUAAAGAUCACAGUCCUCAGGCUCUUUCUCGGACUUCAAGAGAAUAUGAAGGAGAAAGCAUUUGUAGGAUCAGAGCUUACCUUUUGGGAGGAUAUUUGAAAGUUUUUUGUUUAAAAAAAAUUUUUUUUCCCCUAACGUAUCCUCAUUAAGAAGCAUAAAUGAUGAUGAUUAACCUAACUGAAAUUAUUUAAGAAAAUCAUCUAAAAGUUACUCUGGGGGGCUGGAGCGAUAGCACAGCGGGUAGGGCGUUUGCCUUACACGCGGCCGACCCAGGUACAAUCCCCAACAUUGCAUAUGGUCCCCUGAGCACCGCCAGGAGUAAUUCCUGAGUGCAGAGCCAGGAGUAACCCCUGUGCAUACCAGGUGUGACCCAAAAAGAAGAAACAAAAUAAAAGUUACUCUGAGGUGAGGUCUCGGUUUAUACAAUAAACAUGUAUAUUUGUUCUUUCCAUCACAAGUUCCUCAGUGAUUAAACUCUGAUCUACGACCAAGGGUUACCUUAGCCGCUCAAUAACUCACUCUUUUCUUUAGUUAGUGACUCAGUCACUAAUUCAGAAAGAAAAAAAAAAGUUUGCUGAAAGUGUGCCAAAUUCUAGGUUCCUUGCCAGACUCUGAACAGCGUUGUAGGGUAUAACGCAUCAGGGAAAGGCUUUUUCUCCCUUAUUAAAUCUUAGCUGGGUCAUGGGUAUUGCUCAGAUGAAAAAAAUUGCGUACAAAGGGUUGAAAGAGAAAUCAGGUUUGUUUCCAAAUACUAUUAAGUUUUCAGCUGUAAUUCGUGCACUGUAAUUAUAUUGGGAAAAUAAACACCGUGGCUUGGGGUGCGUAUGUAGGCAAUGUUCCUUAAAGGUGCUUUCAGAUGUAUAAAGUGAAUUUCAGAACUACACAAAAGCCCCUAACCCUUAGCUAAUACAAGGCUCCUGUUGGAGACAGAAAGGGCAGCUCAGAGCAGUCAGAGUGAGCGGUGACAGGCUUGUUCCCAGAGUGAAGCAUUUACAAGAAAUGUGAGGCCAGAGCUCUAGUGCACCAGGUAAGGCACUUGCCUCGUGGGCACCUGACUCGUUACCAUCCCCAGCACCACAUGUGGUGUUGAGGAACUGCCAGGCGUGAUCCCUGAACACAGAGUCCGAGUAAGCCCUACGUAGGCAGAGGAGUGUGUGUGUUUGCGUGCGCCCCCCCUCCAGCUUCCCGCGCCCCCCUCUAGCUUCCCAUCCUCCCCCAAAAAGAAUUUUCAAUUGCCCCAGGAACUGCCUACAUACUUAGAAGAUUCACAGACUUGGGGUGGGGGGGUCUUCUAGGAACCCGUAGACCCAGACAAAAAUGUCCCCAGACACCCUUCCAGACAACAAGGAGGUAGUAGAUCAAAUGGCAUGAAAAGGAAGGUGUCUAUAGAUCAAGUCUUGAAGAUGGGGAACGCCCAGAUUCUCAAGAUUUGACCCAAAAGUUUCCCUGGGGGACAGUGCUUUGAUGAAGGGAGACGUAACCUCCAUAAAACCGAAGUGCAGGGCCUGGAGUAUUUGGGAUGAUUGAUCUCCUUUUACGUGGCAGACCCUUGCAUUCAACCCCAGUGUCCCAUAUGGUUCACUGAGCACUGCCAGGAAUAAUUCCUGAGUGCAGAGCCAGGAAUAACCCCUGAGUACCCUUGGACAUGAGUCCCCUACACACCUGCCCUGCCUCCCCCCCCCCCCCCCCCCAAAUAAAACGCAAGUGCAGAAACCCUAUGUCUUAAGUUUUAUAACUUUACUAAACAUCCACUUUCGGAGCUGGAACAAUAAUACAGUGGGUAAGGCACUUGCCUUGCACAGGGCCUAACUGGGCUCAGUCCCCAACACCUCUGGUUCCCUGAGCACAGAUCCAGGAGUAAGCCCUGAGCAUAGCUGUGUUUCCCCACCCCCCUUAGCCCCCUGCAAAGGUCAGUUUCAGCUUCACAUUUCUUGUUGAGUCCAAGCCAGUGUUUCUCCACCUUUUUCCUUACAUGGUCCCCUUCCAAGCUUGUUUCCUUCCUGGGACCCUCCCCACCCACCGGUUGCCCUCCUCCUCACCAGCUGUGGCCCUGUAUGCUAUCCUGGGGGUCACAGGUAAGGCUGUGUGACCCCCAUCUGAGAACCACUGGUGUAGCCUGGGAGGAGGCAGCAGGUGAUCCAUGCUCUGCAUGCGACACGCAUCUCUCCUGGGAGAGCGCAGGGCACAGGACUCUCCCCAGAAAGACUUCAUGUCAGAAGUCUUGUUGCAGUUUCAAAAUUCCCGUCCUACUCAGUUCCUGGAAGCGAGCCCCGACAAGCAGUUAGACACCGGCCUUAUUUUAAAAAUGGCAAGGGUGGGGUUCCCUGGCCCAGUUGUCCUUUGGCAUCUGAAGUUGGUGGAGAGAGAGAGAGACUGUGACUCUGCAUGGUGGGAGGGUACCCUAGCAAGUGUUAAGGCAAUACUGUAUUUACACACACACACACACACACACACACACACACACACACACACACACACAGUGUUCCAGUUAGUCGAUUUGCAUGAGGUCACUGGCUAACCUGGUUUUCAUAUGAAUCCUUUGUGACCCCUUAUAGCUCCCUGUUCUUAUUUUGGUUGUAAUUUAUCCUUUUGGGUAUGCUGCUGCCGUAAUAUCCUGAAAGCUGCUACGUUAGGGCUGUGGUGUAAAUUCAGUUUAGAUGAGUUGGACAGAGCUGACCUCAACACUGUAGCGCUGUAGCACUGUCCUCCCGUUGUUUAUAGAUUUUCUCCAGCGGGCACCAGUAACGUCUCCAUUGUGAGACUUGUUACUGUGUUUGACAUAUCGAAUACGUUACGGGUAGCUUGCCAGGCUUUGCUGUGCGGGCAGAAUACACUCGGUAGUUUGCCGGGCUCUCCAAGAGGGGCGGAGGAAUCGAACCCAGAUCGGCCAAGUAUAAGGCAAACGCCCUACCCGCUAUGCUAUUGCUCCGGCCCAACUUCAACACAUAUAGGGAGAAACCCUGUAGACCCUCCUAGACCCUGGUCCUGACCUGUGCUCUGGACAUCUUCCAGACCUUUCCAGGAGCAUUUGCAUCUGUACUUGACAGAUGAACUAGCUCCGUCAACACGCUGCCAAGUGCCCCUUCCAACUCAGAAUAAGUAUUUUUUGUUUUCCUGGAUUUCUUUCCAUUUGUCACCAAAGUUAUCCAUUACUUUCUCUUGUUUUUGCU